CCCGAGCGCAGCCUGGCCUCGGCGCUGCCCGGCGCGCUCUCCAUCACGGCGCUCUGCACGGCGCUCGCCGAGCCCGCCUGGCUCCGCAUCCACGGCGGCACCUGCGCGCGACAGGAGCUCGGCGUGGCCGACGUGCUGGGCGCCGUGGAGCCCGAGCUGCUGCGGGAUUACUGCAUGAACCUGCAGACGGUUCUGCUGCUCCGGGUCAUCGCCGCCUUCUGCUUCCUGGGCAUCAUCUGCAGCCUCUCGGCUUUCCUGCUCGACGUCUUCGGGCCCAAGCACCCCGCGCUCAAGAUCACGCGGCGCUACGCGUUCGCGCACAUCCUCACCGUCCUGCAGUGCGCCACCGUCAUCGGCUUCUGCUACUGGGCCUCGGAGCUGAUCCUGGCGCAGCAGCAGCAGCACAAGAAGUACCACGGCUCCCAGGUCUAUGUCACCUUCGCCGUGAGCUUCUACCUGGUGGCCGGAGCCGGCGGCGCCUCCAUCCUCGCCACGGCCGCCAACCUGCUGCGCCACUACCCCACCGAGGAGGAGGAGCAGGCCCUGGAGCUGCUCUCCGAGAUGGAGGAGAACGAGCCCUACCCGGCCGAGUACGAGGUGAUCAACCAGUUCCAGCCGCCGCCGGCCUACACGCCGUGACGCUGCCCGCGGGGCACGGCAUCUUCGUCGCUCUUCCGAUCCCUUCCAUGCGAAGGAAAGCUUGUUUUGGGAUCGGAUAACCAGCGGCUCCUUCAGCCGAUGCUCUCCGAAGGGCACCUCCUCCUGAUAACUCUGUAGUGUGAUUUUUAACCUCCCCAUCCCCUGCACCCCACCAGGGUUGCCGAAAUAACCACGGGCCGGGGCGCGGCGGGAGCGUCCGCCUUUCCGCCAAGCCCGGGUGCUCAUUCCCAGCCACGCGAGCGCCGAGGGUGACGUUGCUUCCCCCUGCGCCGCCGGGCGAAGCGAAAGGGAGACGCGUCCCGAGACGUCGUCCAGGAGCAGAAAACCCUCCCGGCGCCCUCCGGCUCCGUUUGCACUUUAUUCGUCAGAGCCUCUUUUCCCAGACAUCGCUCUUGAAGCCCAGAACGAGGAGGAGGAUGAGGAAGGAGCCCCAGUUCCAGCAGGGAUCAGCACUCGAAUCUCUCCCCUCUGCGGUGCCCGAGCAACCUCACGAGUAAAUCCUGUUUCCACCAAAAUUAACACGGGACUUUUGCACAGUGGCAACUACUGAAGAAACAGCUGGAGCCUGUGCUGGAAAACGGCGUCUCCAACUAUCGCUUUUAUGCAAGACCUCCGAGCCGAGCUUGUUUUGCGCUUUUAAUCCAUUUCCCACCUCGCUCUUUCUCUCUCUUGCUCUUAGUUUCUUACCCUGCUGGUGACAAGGACUGUGGUCCCCUGCGAGCCCUAGGAAGCCACCGGAGGGAUGCGGCUCGUGCGCUUCCCACUGCUUCCCGUCGCAUCCGUGCGGCUCGC